UUCUAAAGCCAUCGUAUAAUGUGUAAAAUAGCUCGAAAUGGGUAAGAAACGGGAACAUAGGUUAAACGAUUUCUUAGAUGAUAAUUCAGGGAGAAAACCGUGGACUGUGAAAGAGAAGCAAAAGCUGUUGAAAGGUCUGCGUAAAUAUGGACAUAUGGAUAUUCAUGGAAUGUGCAAGGUAUUGCCUGGAAGGACUCCGGGUUCGAUAAAAGCUAAAAUCAACGAAUAUGCUAGUCGAAUCCGAGGCAAGGGUGACGAUUUGUCUCCACUAGAGACGUGGCUUAAAUCCGACAUAUUUCAGGAACGAGACAGCAUUAUUCCGCAAGCUCUGAAAUUGAUACAGCUCUUCGAGAAACAUCCACCCUCUGAAAAGUGUGCCGGAUGCGAUUUCAGUGAGGCGUACAAAUUUCUAUAUGACUUAACGGUAGGCAAUAACUCCACUGAUUGUCCAUCCGCAACCAAAGAGAUGAUUUAUUGUGUAAUCGCCAGAAUAAAGCGCGACAUUUGGCCUUCGACGAAUAAACAGAUACUCGAUCAGCUCUGCAGACUAGAUUCUAAAACUAAGGCAGUUAAAGUUUAUCCCGGGAAAAAGAAAGGGGACUAAGAUAAAUAUGCAACGAAAUACUUGUAAAAAAGAUGUAUUGAAAAAUUGCUGCAUAAGCAAAAACUGGGAUCAUUGGAUCGACUGCUCUAAGGAGUAAGAAUAUAAAAUGACAAAUCAUUAGUGAACUGU